UCAGCAGAGGAUGUGUCUGGGAGAGAGAGUGUGUGUGAGGGAAAAGAGGAAAACCGUCAGUAGAAUGGAUAUGUGCCCUCUCUCCUCCACGCGUUCUCCUCCUUCUUUGUCUCAUCUCUUCACCUUCUCCCUCGCCAGCGUUGCACCCUGGGCACCCUCAGUACCGGAGACUCGUCGGUCGGACGGGCAGCUGAAAACUGAACUUCAAUGUCUGCAGGGGAUCAGAAGAGUGGUGGGGACAAGCCAGAAGACACGGUGCCAGUGGCUAAGGUAUGGCCAGAGGUGGAGAGGGCCGAGUGUUUGGCCCGCGGUGCUGCUCUGAAGUGGGCUUCAGGUGUUUUCUGUCGGCCUGAGCAUCUGGAACGACUGAGCCAGUACAAGAAGAGAGAGAGUCAGAGGACUGCCUCCAUACACACCAGACUCAAGUCCAUGGUCCAGUCGUACCUGGAGGGGGUAGGCUGGGGUCUGGAGCAACUCCGGGAAGCCAGGGCCGAGCUGAAGGAGGUGUCACAUGCUUUGAAGAAAGCAGGACUGGAGUCCAAUCGAAACGCAGAGGGGGUGAAGUCUCUGGAGAGGCUGAGAGAAGUGUCUGUAAACCACCGUCAGCUCCUCGCUGCUGUCAGCAACCUGCCACGGCUUUACUCUGUGCGUAGCAUGGUGCUGGAGACUGAGCGUCUAGUGGAGUCCCGGCGGCUCCUGGAGGCCCACGCCCGGCUGAUGGAUCUGGAGCGCUGGCAGGACGACAUCCUCUGGCAGCUCCACGGGGCUAAUGGGAUGGCAGGAAGUGCACUCAGUAAAGAGGACCAGGAGCUGGUGGCCAAAUAUUUCUCUGGUGUCGGGCAGCUAGUGGACGCCCUGGGUAAGGAGCUGUGGGCGGUGGUGAGCAGUGCUCUGGCUCUGGCCCGACAAAACCCAACCCCAUUUGUGUCGGCGGUGAGGAUUGUGGAGCGGGAGGAGGCCCUGGACCAAGCUUUCCUGGAGGAGAGAGGGGGGAGCAGAGGCAACACCAGGCCCCUGCCCCCAGGACGACCUCGCUGCUGGAGAGCAUGCUUCUUCCAGGUACUAGAGGAAGCAGUUUCUGCACGGUUCCGCAGUGUUUCCUACCUGCACACGCGUGGUCCGGGUCUAGCAGGCCACCUCUCUGCUCUCCAACACGGUAUCAUGGCUGACCUGGCCACCGUACGCCACCUGCUGGAGCACUGCGUCCCCCCACACUACCGGCUAACAGGAGCCUACCUGAGGGCCAGCCACCGCUGUUUACAUGCUCACCUGGCGCAGGUUAGCAGCUGGGACCUGGAGAGUGGGGAAAUCUUUGCUGUGCUCAACUGGGUGUUACGCAUCUACAACAGCCCAGACAUGAUGGGUCACCCAGAGCUGGUGGCCGAGAUGGAGAAAGUAGAACUGGGACCUCUCAUCUCCACCGAGGGACUGGAGCAGCUGCAGAACAAAUAUGUACAAAGUGUUCGGAAGAGUGUAUCCGAGUGGAUGCACAAAGCGUUACAGGUGGAGCUGCAAGACUGGCAGAGAGACCAGGAGCCAGAUACAGACCAUGAAGGUUUCUACCAAACCAGCCUGCCCACUAUUAUCGCACAGAUGCUGGAGGAGAAUGCCCGGGUGGCUCUGAUGAUCGGAGAGUCUCUACGAGACCAGACGAUCCAAAUGGGUCUGUAUGAGAUGGAGAACCUCCUAAACAGAUUUCGAGAAGCCCUGGUGGAAUUUGGGAAGGAGCAUCGCAGGAAUUCGAGUAACAACAAAAACCAGUACUACCUCCACUACCUGCUGGCCUCCAUCAGCAACUGCAUCAUCCUCAAAAAGUCCACAGAGAGCCUGCAGCAGCAGCAGUCGUCCCGGUCGGCGGGACAGUUAUCUCGCACUCCUCCCAACCCUCUGGCAGCUCUGGACCGGGCAGUGAGACGGGCGUGUCGCCUGGUGAUGGAUCACCUCCUGCUGGACCUUCAGCCUUUCCUCCCAGGCCUGCUGACCCGACCCUGGCUGGUCCAGGGAGACCCCACCCCAAAACUGUGCUGCGUGCUGGAGCGUCACCUGGAGCUGUACGGCCGCGUUCGACCGCCCUGCAGACAGCGUCUGCAGGAGGAGGCCCAGUGGCUGAUGGUGGUGGAGUACGUCAGGGCUCUGAUGCAGAAGAGGCUGGUGUGUCGCAGCGCCGAGGAGAGGAGGCAGCUCGCCCAGCAGAUGGUUCAGGACGACCAGCAGUUUCGAGAAAUCCUCCACGGCCUGGAAGGUGAAGGGUCAGUACCUGAAGUGAAUCCUUUGGCCUUACUACCCGUCCUGGCUGACUUCAUCCGACUGAAAGACCCCAGCAUGCUCACUCUGGAAGUUUCUGGACUUGCAGCCAAAUACCCUGACAUCAGUGAAGAACAUGUGUCUGUACUGCUGGACAUCCGUGGUGAUGUCUCCAGGGACAUCAGAGGGUCUGUACUGGACUUGCUGGAGCAGAGCGCCCCCCCUCUGCCUGCAGGAUAUCGGCCCAUCUUCACUGACAUCCUGGUGCCUCCCUCCACCAUGGCCUUCUGUCUGCCCACUGCCAAGUGUGCAUGACAGGGACACAAACUGUGGCCUAAACACACCUUUUUACAUUAAAUUCAGGGUGGAUCUGGUUCUCAGGCAGAUCUUUAAGCCAGGUGCCCAUAGCUCGUCUUUACACUAAAAUAUGCAUAAGCUGUUCCUGUAGGGCUAGGUAUCAUU